UGUCUUGUUUCUAGUACAUUUUUAAUCAGAUUAGAAAAUGGUUGGUUGUUGAAAAAUAAUAGGAUUUCACUCAAUUAUAAAAGAAGCCCUUAGUCGCAAAACCGUAAACACGUUUCCUGCUACGCAUUUUUACUUAUUCUACGCUUAUUUGAUCGUUUUUUAAAUUAAAAGGACGGUAAAAUAUCGACAGAAAACGCCAAUUACUAGAAAACUAUGAAAAUACUUCCUCAAAUUUCCCAGCCAGAUAAAUUCCCAACCGUUAUUUUGUACUCCUUAGAAUUGUUUUGAUUCAUUUCCGUGCUUUUUAUUUUAAUGAAAUUCUUUUUAGUCACUGAUAGAUUUUUCAUUCAAAGCAAAUCUUAGCAUAAAUUUCUCCACUUAAAUCACCGAUCAUAAACCAUAUAAGACCUUUGUACUGUUGUCCCAAAUAUUUGACCAUUGCUUUGUAAAAUUCGUUUUCUUUUUGCAAAACAAAGACAUAAUCUUGUUUUUAUUGGGACUUACCCAUUCUGAAACGCGUGCGUUAGUCUCAUGCCAGAUAAGUCUAAAUUUUUAGCCGUCUGACUGAAAAUGAAAAAUCAGGUGUUAUUGCGUAAGGUUCAAUCUGCCGGAUACAGUUUUACGAGCACAGAACUGGAGAAUCGUUUUAUAUGACACUUCAUUUAAUAAUGGAUUAAGCCAUAAUUACCAUAGAAAAUAAUUUCAUGACCUUCAAAAACAUCAUUAAUUUCGAUAAAACAAAUAAAAACUGAUAAAAAUGUAAUCAACCUAUCUAGCUUCUAUAUACAAAACUCCUUUAGCACGCCUUCAAAAAUCAUGAAGCUGAACAUGUCAUCAAUUCGAAACUGAACUGUCAACUUGAUCGUACAUUCCUACCUGUGCUUGGAUUUAGAAAAACAGUACGACUGGCUAUAUUCAUGCUAUCUUGCAAAUUGGAGCGGAAACCAGUUCUUAUCUUAAUUUUGAAGAAUUUAAUAUCUCCCGCCAGUUCCGAUACCCCACCAUUGACGUCUACGCCUAAUUUAUCAAAUUUCUCUAACCUACCUGAAUAUCGAAGAAAAAUUACGUAACCUGAUCUUUGAAUUGUGCAACUGUUAUAUAAUUGUGGUGAAUGAGGAAGAAGUGACACAGUUUGAGUUGAGUGGAGAUGAUCGCACAUAUCUUGAAGGCACUCAUAUCAGUGCAGACUGCCUCAGACGGGGACUGGGUGGACCGACUGAACCAUAGAUUCACGGCCAUGAUCCUAGUCAUACUGGGCAUACUAGUGUCCACCAAACAGUAUGUGGGUUCCGAUCAUCCUAGCCCUGCAGGGUCUGUGCUUUUACAUCCCUCGCACAGUGUGGCGUGCAUUCUGCAUGUCAGCUGGGAUAGACAUCGACAAGAUAGUGAACACUGCCACCACAUUCGAGAGUGUGUUGAACCCUGACUUGUGGGACAAGACGGUGAGGUAUCUGGCCAGACACUACGACAGAUACCUGGACGCACAGAGAGAUCCAGGGGUGGGACUACUCGCAAAGGUUCGUAUUCUCUUCUCUCGGAUGCUGUGUGUGUUCUCGAGGAGGUACGGAAACUACCUCAACGUCUUCUACCUGGGCACGAAGAUCCUCUACCUGCUCAAUGUAUACGGACAGCUGUUCAUCCUAGGAGAAUGGCUCGGAGAUGGCUACUACUAUUAUGGGUUCGAAGUGGCCAAUCAGAUCCUGGAGGGUAAGGACUGGACCAGAGACGGCAGAUUUGCCCGAGUCACACUCUGCGACUUCAAGAUCAGAACUGUCGGCAACGUGCAGCAGUACACAGUGCAGUGUGUGUUGAGCAUCAAUCUGUUCAAUGAGAAGAUCUACCUGUUUGUGUGGUUCUGGCUCAUGUUCAUCGCCAUAGUCACCUCCAUCAACUUCCUCGAGUGGAUUGUGAGGAGUGUCUGCUUCCUAGACAGACUCAGCUACAUCAAGAAACACCUCAAGUUCACAGAGAGAUACAACACUGAGGAGGACAAGAGGCUGUGUCGUCGCUUUGUGAAUGUCUACUUGCGUCCAGACGGGGUGUUCAUGAUACGACUACUGAGCAAGAACACCAACUCCAUCAUAGUGAGCGAACUGGUGGCAGCCCUGUGGGACAACUACAAAAAGAAACACAUCGGCAUUCGGAGCACUCUGACGACAGCCGGCAACAACAUCCACCCCUCAGCUGCAAACUCCACUGAUUUGCAACAGUCCAUGCUCAACCCCCACCCCCACUCCCACCCCAACUACGCCCUGAUGAACGGGGGGUGUCCCUACAACACAGGAGGUGCAGGCAGUCUUCACUCCCGCGCGUCCGCUGGAAUAUACGUCGGAGAACACAAACUGCCGACAACACUGCCGUUCUCAAAGUCGAAAAUCCAACAGAUGUUCACCCAGCAGAAUAACCCGAACACGUGUCAACCGUCAAAUAUGUACGCAGCAGCGCCCACUUACGCGCUGGCAGCUUCAAAUGGAGGAGCAAUGACCGGAAUGCAAGCUAGAAAACAGAUAGAGGCUCUUUCAAACGCUUCAAACAAUGAUAUUUUGGAUGUAUGAAAACCAUUUAUAACGAUUAAGUUUUAAGUUGAUUUUUUUUAAUUUUGAGGUUUUUCUGUAAUAUUUUUCUUGUUGUUCCAAAAUUUAUUUAUAAUUUUGUUCCACGUGCUUAUUAUAUACGAAAAUAGUAAU